AUGGCAAUCAACGAACGAAGUAAACGAAAUGCGAUGGAACGAAGUACUGCAAAUGAAAUCUUCAAUGAAUUGGAACGUAGUGAUAUAACAGAUGAUCAAGAAACUGAAGAAAAAGCAUUAGAACAUUUUCAAGCAGAAUAUAGUAGUAAAGCAAAAUUUUCAAAUACAAAGGAACAAAAGUACUUCUUGAAUAUUUUGCGUUUUCUUAUGAAGAAAAAAUUACUUGGCUCUUCAAAGAAACUCGUUUCAUUAUCUGUAUUGUAUUGUUUACGAAUUUUAUUACGUGAUCCUGAAUAUCUACUUAUCUUCGUUCAAGAAAAUGGAUUAAACAAUUUGAAAAAACAAAUGGAUUUAUAUAUUCAUAAUCUUCCACCAGAUUUAUGUGAUAGUAAUAAUGAAUCAUCAUUUAUAGCGUCUAAAGCUCUAGGACAUAUACUUAAUAUUCUUCAAAAAAUGUUAAAAAAUACACCAAAUCAUGCUGAACGAGAAUAUUUAAUAUCAAGUAAUAUAAUUGAAUCAAUUACACAUUUAUUAAAUAAUAAUCGAGAUUUUCUACUAUUACAUGAUACAUUAAGAUUAUUAUUAUAUAUGACUGAUAAAACAGAAUUUUAUAUAACAGAAUUUCUUAAAUCAGAAACAAUUGAAAAUUUACUUCAUCUACUUGAAUAUAAAGAUCUUGAAACAACACAACUAUCUUUACAUCUUAUGGCAAGUUUUCUUUCACAUCCGGAAGCACGUCAAUAUAUUCCACAUAUACCAAUUGAUUUUCUAGAUACAUUUACAAGUUAUUUAACUCAUAAUAAUGUUAAAGUUCUUGAACAUGCUAUUUGGUGUUUAGCAAGUUGUGCUGAUAAUGAAGAUGAUCGAAGAAAAAUACGUUUAACUGGAGCUAUUCCUUUAUUGUUGUCACUUCUAGAAAAUGGGAGUCGUUUUGAUUUUUCAUGUCCAUUGACAAAUGCAAAUCAAAAACGAUAUGGAUCAGUUUCAAAAAGAACUGCUCGAGCAGAUUCAGAUGUUGUAUCACAUUUUGAUCAAUUAUUUGAUAUGCAAUCUGCUUGUUGUAAUUGUCUUGCUGAACUUUCAUAUGAUUAUACAAAUGGUCAAACAAUAAUUGAACGAAAUGGUAUUUAUAUUUUAGCAAUGCUUCUUUUUCCUGAAAAUGAAGAUUUUCUACGAUUAGAAAGAUUCAAUCAUUUACAACGUACUGUUUUUAAAACAUUAAGAUUUUUAUUUUCAUUAAAUAAAAAACAUGAUCAAUAUCAAUAUAAACGAUUAUUUCCUGCACAAAUAUUUGAAUUAUUUGUUGGUAUUGGUAAUUUUCAACGUGAUCCUAAUGCAUAUAAGGAAAUAACUAAUGCUUGGAAUUCAAUACAUAUUGAUGAAUUAACAAAAAUAAAACUUGAACGUCUUCAAUCAAUUAAUCCAAAACAAGAUCCAACACGAUUUAUUCGAGAUUAUGGAGUUUAUGAAUGUCUUGGAUCAGGCGCAUUUGGAUCUGUUUAUCGAGUAGCUCAACGAGGUUCAACAACAAUGUAUGCACUUAAAGAGAUCGACAAUCGUUCAUUAGGAAUCGGUACGGAUCGUAGUUUAGGUAAAAUGAUAAAUGAAGUAAAUAUAAUUCGUGAAGAACUUCGUCAUCCAAAUAUUGUUAGUUAUUAUCAAAUAUUUGCUGAAAAUGAUAAAUUAUAUAUCAAAAUGGAAUUAAUUGCUGGUUCAUCAUUACAAGAUCAUUUAACAUUAAUUAAAGAUACAAAUCAAAAAAUGUCUGAAGAUAAUAUAUGGCGAGUUUUAAUUCAACUUAUACUUGCAUUAAGAUAUUUACAUAAAGAAAAAGGAAUUGUACAUCGAGAUUUAACAGCAAAUAAUAUUAUGUUAGAUGAUGAAUAUAGAGUUAAAAUUACUGAUUUUGGUUUGGCUAAAUUACGUAAUAAUGAUUGCAGUAAGAUGACAUCAGUCGUCGGUACAAUGUAUUAUGCUUGUCCAGAAAUUAUUCAACAUCUGAAGUAUAACGAAAAAGCUGACAUAUGGAGUUUAGGUUGUGUACUUUAUCAUAUGGCAGCAUUAGUACCACCAUUUUAUACGUCAAAUAUUCUGUUACUUGCUGGUAAAAUAUGCGCAAGUGAAUAUGAUCAAACACCACUUCAACAUUAUUCGGAUCGAAUUCGACAAAUUGUUAUUGAAUGUUUAACUGUUGAUCCAUUAAAACGUCCAGAUAUAUGUGGUAUUGCACAAUUAUGUACAGAACAAUUAAUGUCAUAUACGGAUCGUUCAUGUACUACAAUACAAUCAUUAGAAAAACGUUUAAGACAACGAGAUCGUCAACGUGAAAUUAAUUUUUUAAAACAACAAUCACAAUUACAACAACAAUCAAAUUAUCAUCAAAGAUGUUUAAGUUGUUCAAGUACGAAAGAAUCACUUAUAAGUAAUAGUGGUGGAAUGGGUGAUGUUAGUUUUGAUGGUACAGAUGGACAACAUGAUACAGUUAAACAAGAAACAUUUACAAUGGUAUCUGAUUGUGAAACAAUUGAAAAUGUAUCAAAUAAUAUUAUUCCACAACCACCAAGUAGUGCAACAAAACCAACUAUUAUUCGACGUCAACCAAAUCGAAUUACUUCUGAACCAUUAUCAACUUCAGCUGAAACUGCAAUAUGUCCAGCUCGAUCACCUGAAUCAUCAAAUAAUCUAUCAUUCGAAAGUGGGUACGAUAGUAAUAAUAUAACACAAGGAAUUCAUCACUCUUUAAGUUUAUUAAAUAUGGAACGAAAACCUAAUGGUGCUAUUAAUCGUUCGCGGCCAUCAUCAGCAACUGGUUCAAUAUGUAUAUUAAAUUCACGACUUCGACCUACUGAUCCAGUCAGUCAAUUAUUAGAUAUAGUUCACAAAAUAGUUUAUAUAUCUUAUGUACCAUCAAAUAAAAUAAAUAAUAAACAUCGUCGUUUAGUUGAUCGUUAUAGAGGUUAUUUAUUUUCAAAAGGUUCAUCACAAAAUUUAAAAAGUGAAUUAUCAAAAUUAUCAACACAUUCAAAUGAUUGCAUUGAAUUUGAUGUUGGUAUUGGUCGACAAAUGAUUGGUUUACAAUCAUUAACAAAUUCAUCACGAUCAUCAUCGACUAGUUUAUUAAAUCUUAAUGCGGUUGAUUUAACUAUUCCGGAAAGUGACGGAUCUGUCACAUAUGAACAAAUGAUGUCAUAUAUUGAUCAAGUUCUUCGAGAAACAGAUUAUUAUAAAGAUACAGUAAUACCUAUAUCACCUAGUGAAUCUCUUCCACCGACCGUCCACAGAAAUCCACGACCACCAUCGGGAAGAAAAUGA